AUGUCGCCCCUAACCGUGAACCUUCAGCCCACGGGCUGUCAGCUAGCAGCUUCCCCCGGCAGCCAGGCCGACACGAGCAGUGACCCUGCUGCUGCUGCUGUCCCCAGCCUGCCCGGCCGGGAGGCGAUCCGGCAGAACCCCCCCGCAGCAGUGCCGGGCCCGCAGCGCAGCCUGAGCCUGCAGCCUCCAGCCAAACCUCCAGCCCAGGCUCCGAAAGCAGCAGCUUUCCGGCACAGGGGGCACCUCGCCCCCAGCAGGGUCGCCGGCACACGGUUCGGGGCUGUGGGGGUGCAGCGGCUGCCCUGCCGCCGGCGCUCGUCCCUCCCCUCCCUGCUCCCGGCGCUGACGCUCCGCCAGGAGAAGGAAGUCAGCAGAACAAAGUGGAGCCUUACCCAGGCAGGUUCGGAGCCGGCGCGCUUCAUGACUGGCGGGUUCCCGCAUUCCCUGGCUCCGCCGGACGGCUCCGGGCUGAAGCGGCGGCGGAAGAGCCCCCGGCUCGCGGCGGCGCCGCCGGAGGAGGCCGGGGACGAGGUGGACAGCGCGGCCCUGCAGGGAGACGAGCAUCACUUCGGCACCCCAGACUCCCUGACGCGACCCCCUAUAAAGGCGUACCGAUCGCCAGGUGGUACUACAGUUUACUUUGAACAGAAUCCAGUGAAGGAAAAUGCAAAGGCUCAUGACAGUAACAAAACUGAGAAACCAAACGUUUCUGCACCAUUAAAAGAAAUAAAGGCUGACUUCCUUGAGAAAAAUCAAGAGUGCUACUCAACUUCUGCACCACAGAGCAGAAGUAAAUCUCGGUAUCAGUCCAGUACAGAGAAGCAGUCACAGCCUUCAGCCAAAAAUGACAGUGAACCACAGAAUGGAUUUCACAAGAUGUGGACUUUGUUACUGGUUCUGUUAAUUUGUGUCCCACUGCUUUAUGUCCUGUGGAGUGGAAUUCAAGGUGGAACCUCCUCAAGGAGAGAUGCUGAAAUUCUGCAAGAGUUUCGGGCCCGGAUGGAGAAACUAAAAAAUACUUACCAGAGCCAGGACCCCAGGCUGUGGAGAAAAGCCCGUGUGUCCCUUGAGAAACGUCUUAACUCUUCCCAUGUGCAUCUGGAGCCUGCUAUCCUGCUGCUCACAGCUGGCCAGGAAGCUGAGAAGGCCCUGAGGUGCCUGAGCAAUGAGAUUGCCAAUGCUUUCGCCUCCUCCCAGAACGCCACCACGAUCAGCAUCGAAGGGGUGGACAAGGCUGUGCUGGACAGUGACAUUGUCAAGCUGGAGGUGGACACAGAGCUCAGCUCUGGCUUCAGUGAAGGCAAGAAGGUGGCAGUGGUGCAUCGGUUUGAGUCACUGCCUGCAGGCUCCACCUUAAUCUUUUACAAGUACUGUGACCAUGAAAACGCAGCGUUUAAGGACGUGGCCCUUGUGCUGACGGUUCUCCUGGAUGAGCAGUCGCUGAGAAAGAGCCUCACCUUUCAAGAAGUGGAGGAGAAAGUCCGGGAUUUCCUCUGGGCAAAGUUCACCAGUUCAGAUGUUCCUAGUUCUUACAAUGGCAUGGACACAGAUAAGCUGAGUGGACUGUGGAGCCGGAUAUCUCACCUUGUGUUGCCUGUUUGGCCUGAAAAAGGCCUCCCUCUAGAGGGGUGCACAUAGAAGUUGCUGGAGAGCACUUGGGAAAGGAGGAAGACACAAAAUGUGUGUUGCAAGGCAGAACAGGGAAGAACUUAGUGUGGCUGCUGAGCUGAGGCAGCAGCAAACCAGUCCUUUCUGUGCAGAGCCUUUCCACCAGCUGGCAGAGUUGUUUCUGCCAAAGUAACUGGGACUUCUCUAAGUAAACUACAGAGUGUAAGCAAGGAACUUGUUGGUUGUUGGUAAAUUGUAUUCAGUGAUGCAUUCAGCCUUGGUGUCCUGGAGGUGAGCAUUGCUGUGCCUCAGUUCAGAGUCACUCAUCUGCCUCUGAACCUGUGUUGAAGCACUGUUGGCUUUGCUGUGAGGAUCCUGCUCUGGUGGUGCAUAAAGCUGGUAUCACAUUUGACAAGGUAACAAUGUAAAACUGUCACCUUCAUCUCCCAGAAUUGCUUACUUUACUUCUAACAUAAGAAAUAAACUGAAAAUGAUGAUAAAGUGAUUAGAGUCUAAGCACAAGCUUCUUCCUGAUCCACUGGAUCACAACAUAGGUGUCAGCUAUCUCUGCCCACUUGCAGAAGUAGCAAAAUUGCUUGAAAGAUCUGUGACCUGUAGAGAACCUUUCAGCAAGCAUUUCUUCCUUAAAUGAGCCUGCCCCACACGGUUCUGGAGGAAGAGAAAAGGUGAGGUGCAAAGGUUGCUUAAAUUCAGUAGUAAUGUCAGUUAAAUAAUUCCUCAGUACCUCUUUGCCUGGCUGCUUGCAGGAGUUCUCUACUCUUUUUCAAAGUUUUGCAAGUCAUAAAAUUUGGAUGGAAAUGAUAA